AUGCCGCCGCGGUCCUCUCCCCUGUCAUCUUCGGUGAAUGGCCGAAGUAAACGCAACCGCAAUCGAUUGUCAGAUACAAAUGGAACCGUGACCGAUUCCAGUACUACAAAAGGUAGCAAAGAGUUGGUAUCAGAUAAUAGAGACUCGAAAGAACCUUCACAGUCACCUUCUUUGAAUUCUGUUUCCUUGAAGGGCACCGCAAACGAUACUGAAAGUGAUACUUCAUCUAGUGGUGGACCUCGUCGAUAUCCACGUCUGGCAAGAUUGAAAUCUCAAGAGGCCACCAAAAAAAUUCAAAAUAUGUUAAGUGGUGGUCUAGGCGGGCCCAUAAGCUUUAAGAAUGAACGAGAAAAGCCUACGUCACUCCUGUUGGGAGUGGUUCAAAAGGGAGGUACAAAGGAGUUUGUAGAACCAAAUCUUGCCCAACCUUCUCCCGCUUAUACGGGACUUCCAAUGGAAGAAUUUCCCAAUGCUAAAAUAAAACGUGAAUCAUUAUGGGGUCCAGGAAAGAAAAAGCAUUGGAGAUCAAAAGUAGGUACCGGCUCUAAGUCUAAUGGUGGCACCGAGACUGGGACAGGAACUGGAACAUCUGCAGAUGGUGAGUCAGAACUGGAAUUACUGCUGAAUCUGCUGAAAGUUUCCAGCCCGGCUCCUGAAGAUAAAUAUAUAAAUUCAUUACAAACAGACAAAUCUGAAUGGCUUUCUAGUCCAAGUGCUAUCAGAGAACCUCUCUCUGUACCUACUACCUCAUCCGUACAGUUAACCCCGAGACAGGUUGUGACGUUUACGAGAACUUUUCUGGACUUAUCAAAAAUUGGCAAUAGUCCAGAAGAACACCGAACGAAAAGAAUAAAAGUAAUAUCACCAAAGAAACCGGCCAGUACAAACCUUGCACCCAAUAAUAUGUCAACAUCUACCAAUACGAUUUCAAAUGAGGGGUUUGAUGAUGAUUCUACUGGUGAAAACGAUGACUUUUGUACCACUUGUGGGGGCUCUGGGGUGUUUAUAUGUUGUGAGACGUGUCCCAAAUCAUUCCAUUUCACUUGUUGUGAACCUCCACUUGAAGAAUUACCUGAGGAUAAUUGGAAUUGUCAUGAAUGUUUGGCCAAAAUGAAAGAUGUUCAGAAUUGGAAUUCUAUCGGAAUAUUUGGGAAGUUACUCAACCAACUCGAAACUAGGAAUCCAAAGGAAUUCAUACUUCCAGAAAACCUUCGAAAUCAAACAUUUAUUGGAGUCUCGACAGGGGUUAACGGGUCAUAUCAAGAUUCAACCAGUAAGCCUGAACUAACCGCAAGACAAGUGCAACAACAAAAUCAACAAAUUGCAGGAUUCAAUCGAAAUAAUGAUCUAGAAAUUGAAAACUUGUACGAUAAAACUACAGGAUCUCCACAUUUGUGCUACAAAUGUGGAUUGUCUGGUCUUGGUCAUAAGACAUUGGCACAUUGUGACUACUGUCCGUUGGUAUGGCAUAUAGACUGCUUAAGUCCUCCACUUCUUACCCCUAAAACUAUAGGAAGUAAAUGGAGAUGUCCCAAUCAUGUAUUGCCCAUUACUAUGCUUGGUAGGAGGUUUGUGGAUACAGGGGUGGUUGAUGUAUCAUUACAAAAUCAUUUCUUGGAAAUACAAAGAGCUAGUAAUUUUCUUAUUCAGCAAGAUGAUCAACCAUAUAUUAAGGAUAUGAGUGAAGUCGAAUUGAAAGAUUAUUUGGAAUAUCAAAAUGAAGUCUACAAGUCUGGAAAUGGAAAUAAUAAUAGUAAUAAUAGUAAUAACAAUACUAAAAGCAAAAGUAUCAAUGCUGAAAAUGGUAAUGAUGAAGUACAUCCAGAUUUCAAGGUUCCAGACUACCUUCGAGUUAGUUCAUAUUCAACAAAUGGUAUAUCUGCCACGCCCAAUAAUUCCAAACUUCGGAAACUUAUCGUGGCGUCGAAUGAAGACGAAGAUACUGGUGCCUUUAUAUAUCGAGUUCCUGAAAGACUGAUCUUGUUAGACUUCAUUCUGAAGGCAUAUAAAGUCAAGGAAACUCGAAAAGAAAUCAUGGAUAAUAUCGAACAUUAUGAAAACAAGAGUCGACUAGAAACCAAUCCUGAAGAUGAAAUGGUGGUUGAAGGACUUUCAAGGAUAAAACGGACAGGUAUUGACUUUGAAGAACUUGUACGUGUAGCCACAAGGGAAAAGAGUAACAUCCAGCAAGAACAGCCAGAAAAUAUUUUGGAUAGUAGUGAACUUUCCGAUCUCUUGCGCAUUAAAAAACUCAUAGAGCUUAAGGGUAGGGAAUCUAUGCUUAAAUUCUUAACAGAAAGUGGGUGA